AUGGCCACCGCGUUCACAAACAUGCAAAGCAUGUUUUAUAAUGGAACCUAUGGAAGAGGAGAACUGAAGAAAAAGUUCAACCUGUGCGAUGACUUCGAUGAGAAAAAUCUACCGAAGGCAGGCCAGUUUUUCUUCUCGAACGUUAUUAGCUAUUUCCAGGGAAUAAAUCAGUACUCUGGUGAUAACAGGAAUGCUGCCACUCGGAAUGGGUUAGGAAUUCCAAGGGCGUGUGAGAUCAUGACGAACGCCACACUAGGAGAUGAAAUGGACAGAGUGAAACAUAUUCUGGAUUGGUACACGGAACUUACUGGUGGAGGGAGUGGCUGCUACCCGAACAACUACACUGACUAUCUUAAGCACUACCAGGACACGUCAUACACCGAUAUUGAUGAUGUUGUUGCAACGCGUAGCUGGAUAUGGCAAACGUGCACCGAACUCGGCUACUUCCAGACAACCGACUACGGAAAUAGCGCAAUUUUUGGAAAGAUUCGUCUUCUUCUGUCAUCUACGUACUGUUUAAGCUUCUUCUCUGAUCAGUGUAUCGAACUCUUUGGUCCAGAGUACACUCUCACUGAGACCUACAAACGAGUUGACGCUGUCAGCAAAAAAUAUGGCGGAGCUAAGGCAUACAGGGGAAGCUUGUUCCAUUAUGUUACAACUGAUAACAGCUUCACAUUAGAGUAUGAG